UCGUGUGUGUGUAUUCUCUUUCCCGUUUUCGCGUUCGAGCUCCGUGCCUAAAGGAACAAUCAGUUUUGGGAACUGACAAUCGAUCGGCAAGAACAUGUGAACGUGUGACCGAGCUCGGCAGCGUCGUGCAAGGGUGAAUCACACGGGAGACUACCGGGAUACCGGGAGGAACACCGGCGCGCAUCCACAGUUACAAUACUCAUCAGGAACGGUCAGGACAAAUCAGGAAUUUCCGAUCGCCUUGCCAAUGAUACCGGCGAAACACGGCAGGUGCGCGUUCCAGAGGAUAAUCCGGGACGAUUCAAACGACGGUGGAGGAUGCAGCAACAGCAGCAGCAGCAGCAACCGCAGCAGGAGGAAGAACAGCAUCAGGAACCGGAGCAGGAACAACGGACCCUCGUAAUGGUGCCGUCCACUUCGUCUUCGUCGUCGACCUCGUCGGUCACGGUCGCCGCGGACUCGCGCGAGAUCGAUAUCACCGGUCUCGCUACGGCCUCCGAAUUGCCCAAUUUGGCGCUGCAGAGUGUCGCCCUGCGGCUUCAGGGUGCCCUCCUCUCUGCCCUGCAGCGGGCGGCGCUCCUGCCGCCGGGACACGCCGCCGCGGCGGCGUUUAAUCUGCAGGCCCUGGAGACGUACUUGACGCUUCAUCGUCUUCAUGCGAGCGGCGCGACUUCCGGUGUCGCGCAGACCGCGGGCGCUACCGCGACCGUCGCUGGUAAUCAGAGAUGUUCGUCGUUGAACACGAAUGUCGACGUGGCCCUGAGUCCGACAGCCAUCAAGAAUGACCACCUAACGGCGGAUCAGCUGCUCCGAUCGGCCGCUUCGGCGAUAAGCGAGGACGACGAGGCACGGUUGGAGUUCGUGACCGAUACCGAAGAGGACCUGGCGCUGCUCACGGAGGAGGAGGAAGUCCUGCUGAGCGAGACGUCCGGAACGAGCUCCUCUACCGCGAACCACGAGCUGCUUCUACGGCGAAUAUCCGAAGGGAAUCGCGCGAGUACGUCGGUGACGACGGUCUCGCGAUCAUCGUCUUUGACGGCUCCGACGUCUUUCGCGUCGUCGAGUUCCUCGGGUUGCUCCUCGACCUCGUCCACCUCGUCGUCCUCCUCCUCGUCCGUGCAACACGCUUCGAUCGCGAUCGACUCGAGUGUACCAAGAACUUGCCGUACGUCCCGACCCAAGAAACAGUUCAUUUGUAAGUUCUGCAGCCGGCAAUUCACGAAGAGCUACAAUCUGUUGAUCCACGAGAGGACGCAUACCGACGAGCGGCCGUACUCGUGCGAUAUAUGUGGCAAAGCCUUCCGACGGCAGGAUCAUCUCAGAGAUCACAGGUAUAUACACAGCAAAGAGAAACCGUUUAAAUGCGCCGAGUGCGGCAAAGGAUUUUGCCAGAGCAGGACACUGGCUGUCCACAAAAUUUUACAUAUGGAGGAGUCGCCGCACAAAUGUCCCGUCUGUGCCAGGAGUUUCAAUCAGAGGAGCAAUCUGAAAACUCAUCUUCUUACGCACACGGAUAUCAAGCCUUAUCAUUGCGCCUCCUGCGGCAAGGUUUUUCGCAGAAAUUGUGAUCUGAGGAGACACUCGUUGACUCACAAUCUGGGAGUACCGUCGUCGCCACCGCCAUCGGUGAUACCGGUUUCCGGCUCGAGCACCAUUGUUCUUCAGGAGACGUCUUAAUGCAUGGAUAUCGAUUCUCUUCCUUUCGAUCAUCCGGACAAAAUCUUGUUUGUAUCACGCGCGCUUUCGUCCAACUAUGCGCGGAUCGACAUCCAUUUAUUAUAACACCGCAGUCUUGACUUCAACGUGCGAUCGACUCCGACGGUCGAUUCGAUCGCGUCGUAUUUGAGCCACGAUCCGUGGUCUACUGGUACGGUCAGGAUUUGGAUCUCUUGCGCCUAUUGAGUCCCCGACUCACAUCGUAUCUAUCUGCCUGCACUAUCUAUCAUCGUUAACGUUUAGAGCGUAAUCAUUGUUAUGUACAUCACGAUAAGAAUUAUACGGAUUCGUGCAUGUUUAGAUCUGUAAUUUUAUGUAUGCGAUACGCAGUAGGUACCUUCUUCUCUCUUGAAUAAGAUGUAGUUGUCUCCAUUUUUAAACGGUGUACCUACUGUACGUGUCCGUUGUGUUCUGUGUC